CAAAGGUUGCACGUGCAUUCAUAUAGGACUAAAGCAAAGCUCUUGAUUUAGAACUAGAGUUUUAAAAACUUCUAAAAUAACCUUUAAUUUCUGUUGUUGAGGUAUUAAAAGUAUUUUAAAAAUAUAAUAAAAUUAUUUUUAAGAUAUAUUCGCUGAAUAAAGUUUAUUCUUCGAGUAUCUGGAAAUACGUGUGAGCGAUAAAUCAAUUGAAUAAUACUAGUGACAUUUUCAGUAAAGAUGACCUCAACUAUUUAUUCUUCAAUUAAGAAAUGCACAAUGUUUGCUUGCUAUAGAAUAUUUAGAAGCAAUAAUGGAAAAAAGUAAGAGUUGUUUUAUAUUAUUAUGUAAAUUAAGACAAAUAGCGUCAUAAAAACAUUUAAAAAAAUGGAUCGAAGAAGCUCUUUUCGUGUACCAGAUAGAACUAUAGUUAUAGCAGUUGACUCAAGCGAUAAUUCUAAGCAUGCAUUCAAUCGUUACCUUGAAGAAUAUUACAGAGGAGGGGACGAAAUAUUAAUAACUCAUAUCCCGGAGUUACCCAAAUUUCCGACAAUUCAAUUCAGAUCAGGACUAGUACUGCCAACCGAUGAAUGGGUAAAGAGAUUGGAGGAGAAGCAAGAUAAAAGCUCAAAAUUUUUAGAUUAUUACGAUAAACUAUGUAAUGAGAAGGGUAUAAAACGAAAGAUUAUUAUCAAAUUCGGCCCUGAUAAACCUGCCGAAGAAAUUUGGAAGAUUGCCCUCGAGAACGAUGCAAAACUUAUUGUAGUUGGAACAAGAGGUUUAGGUCCUUUAAAAAGAGCUCUUUUAGGAUCCGUUUCUGAACAAGUCGCGAGAUUUGCAGCUGGCGGUUUAGUCACAUCGGGCAUUAGUGCCUACUUAACUUUUUCUUCACCCAUAUUUGCUGAUAGCAAGAGCGAAAUAGCAAAAUUCAUGUCGGUGCCACUAACGGACUAUGAGACCUUAAAAAAGGAGUCGAAAAAUGACAUGAAAGCUAAGAUGGAGCUGUUUAUCAUGGAGAUGCAAGGUGAAAUUUGCAGAAAGUUAGAGAAACUAGAUGGAAAGCAAAAUUUUCAAAUUGACAAGUGGAAUAGAAAAGAGGGCGGAGGAGGUAUAACAUGUAUUAUGAAUGGAGGCGACGUCUUUGAAAAAGCCGGCGUUAACAUAUCGGUUGUUCAUGGUGAUCUUCCGCCGGCUGCAGUCGCUCAAAUGAAGUCGAGAGGUCAUGAUUUGAAUGCUGACAAAUCUCUACCGUUUUUUGCUUGUGGAAUAAGCUCAAAAAACCCUCAUGUGCCUACUAUUCACUUCAAUUACAGAUAUUUUGAAGUGAAAAAUGAGGAUAAAAAGAUUUGGUGGUUUGGGGGUGGAACUGAUUUGACACCUUAUUACUUAAACGAAGAAGACUGUAAACAUUUUCAUAAAACCUUAAAAGCCGCUUGCGAUAAACACAGCCCUACAUAUUAUGAAAAAUUUAAAAAAUGGUGCGAUAAUUAUUUCUUUAUUAAACAUCGAGGAGAAAGUAGAGGAGUAGGCGGGAUAUUUUUUGAUGAUUUAGAAUCACCGAAUCAAAAUGAAGCAUUCAAAUUUGUACAAACUUGUGCUAAAGCCAUACUUCCAUCGUACGUUCCAAUUGUAGAAAAGCACAAGAGUGACUCUUACACUCAGGCUGAAAGAGAAUGGCAACUUCUUCGACGAGGUCGUUAUGUUGAAUUCAAUUUGGUGUACGAUAGAGGAACAAAGUUUGGUUUAAUGACGCCAGGCUCAAGGAUUGAAAGCAUUUUGAUGUCUUUACCUACUUAUGCAAAAUGGGAAUAUUGUCAUAAUCCAAAACCAGAAAGCAAUGAAGCGAAAAUAUUAAAAGUUCUAAAGGAGCCUGUCGACUGGAUUAAGCAAUAA